UGUCCAUCUCGCCCCUAGCUUUCACAUUUAUCUCUCUUCGAGCCAAUCUCAAUCUGCCAGUUUUCCUUAACCUCUCAUUACUCGAGCAUACUACGCUAUCAACUUCACAUCACAGCCGAUGACGAACGCGACCGAGACUCAGACUCAGACGAGUACCCAGUUGCCGGCCGUGGCUACCGGCGUCGCCCAGCCCCUUACAGAUUCAUCUCCAUCUACCUCGCUGAACAAUGAUAGAUCUUCUCGCGAGAUGUCUAAGGCGGAACAGAAGGCUGAUCCUUCCUCAUCCUCGCCCACCGCCCCGAAACCCCAGCGCGAGAUGACCAAAGCCGAACGUCGGGAACUUCAAGAAAAGCAAAGGGCUGAAAAGGCAGCCCUUAAAGGUCAGCCAGUGACAAUUUCCAUACCAUCGAAUCAACAACCAUCUGCCACGGCCUCGGCGGCUGGUCCUUCCACCGAAAACAAUGCCAGUGGAUCUGCUGCAAAAACGAAGCAACAGAAAGAGAUGACAAAGGCGGAGCGUCGAGAGCUUCAGGAGCGUCAGCGUGCUGCUAAAGCUGCGGCUAAAACUCAACCUGGCCCAUCGGGCGCCGCUCAGUCCCAAACUGCCGCACCAAGGAAUGUUCCUCCAUCCCCGUCGCCUGCUGUCCAGCAGCAUCCUCGCUCUGGUGCUGGCGGCACGCACCGUAAGUUAGAAGCCGCCCGUCCUGAUGGACUGGGCGGCGCAGACGCUCGCGGCCUUCGCAUAUUCUCCCAUUUUGGUACUCCGAAACCUCCUCCAACGACUAAAGGCGAUAUCCAUCCCGCAAUCGUUCGUCUGGGACUUCAGUUCGCUGAAUUCAAGAUUACCGGUGCCAAUGCCCGGUGUAUCGCCACUUUGAUGGCCUUCAAGACCGUCAUACAAGAUUAUGUCACACCUCCGAAUAAUACGCUUUCCCGGCACUUGAUGACGCAUCUAUCGCCACAAAUUUCGCAUCUUGUCGCAGCAAGACCGAUGUCAGUGACGAUGGGCAAUGCCAUCCGGCAGCUCAAGUUAGAAAUCAGCGGCUCCGAUAUCGAUCUGCCCGAGCAAGAUGCCAAGAAUGCGCUUUGUCAAAAGAUUGACAAUUAUGUCCGCGAGCGCAUAAUCUUUGCUGACCAAGUUAUCCAAGAAACUGCGGGCAGUAAGAUCAAAGAUGGCGACGUCAUUCUCACUUACGCUCGAUCAUCAGUCGUUGAGAAAGUGCUAUUGCGUGCUUGGGAAGACGGCAAGCAGUUUUCAGUCAUUGUAGCGGAUUCGAGACCCAUGCUUGAAGGCAAGAAGCUUCUACGCGUCCUCAGUAAAGUUGGAAUCCCUUGCACUUAUCUUCUCCUGCCUGCUAUCGGGUCUGUGAUUACCGAGGCAUCGAUGGUCAUUGUCGGCGCACAUGCUAUUCACGCAAACGGUGCCGUUUUCUCGCGAGCUGGAACUGCCCUAGUGGCAAUGAUGGCCAAGCAGCACUCUGUUCCUGUCAUGGUGUGCUGCGAGACAUACAAAUUUGCCGAGAGUGUGCAACUUGAUAGUUUCAUCAAGAACGAAUUGGCUCCAGCAGGCGACAUCUUUGAUGCCUUCCCUCGCUCGAGAGGUCAAGAAAAGCUGCAAACCACCGGCGGGCCAAAUCUAGCUCUUCUCAAUCCUCUUUAUGACCUCACUCCCGCAAGUCGCAUUACUGCCGUGGUCACGGAAGUUGGGGUUAUCCCUCCUAGUUCUAUCAGUUCAAUACCUCUGGCUCUCGGCAGAACAACAAUCUGAAGCGUCUUUGAAGCGGUCGAAAGGCUGCAAUCAGCACCUAACGACACAGUUUACGUGGAGUUUGGGAUUAAUGGUUUGAGUGGAGCUAUGAUAGUUGUGUAGAGCCCGUGGUGUACUAUGGUAUAUGGAGUACAAUAGAUAUUAUCGCAACACUCUAAGGCUGAGCAUUCUAAAGAUCUUUCUUGGACCCAACCGGUUCCGAGGUCGGAGGUUCUGAUGUAAUCUUGCGUUCUACCCACUCAAACGCGAAGUCCGUGGCAUGCUCUACAGGACGAUCGAAGAGGAAGGGCAGGAUGGGAACGAUAGCAAGGCCGGUGGCAGUUGGGCCCCAAGUCUUCAUGCGAGGACUCUUUGAACCGGCGAAGGCUUUCUUGGCCUGACGGACGGCGGUAUGAAUGGUAAACGCGGGAAGCGCCAUCGAUGCAAUAGACUGAAAAGCUGCACGUUUGACGGCCACGAGGCCCAGACGGGUGGGUUCUGAAAAGUUGGCUGUCUCUAGUGGGGAGGGGCCUUUGCGGCGUGCUUUGUAGGUCUCAUAGCCGACAUCGCCAGCUAGGUAAAGCCACGAGAUACCGUAGGCUGCAGUGACCAAUGCGGGGGGAACUACUGGGCGGAAAGCCUCGCCGAUAUCACUGGUGUAGGCAAUGUAACGAGUGGAAGCACGCAGUGCUGUCCUUAAGCGAGCACCGUAUGCCAAGUAGCGGACGUCAGAGUCUGUCGAGUCGACAUUCCGGUCUACGAGCUGGUCGGCUGUCUGUUUGACGGUGGACUCUAAUUCGGAGGACAUGGCAAGAAAGGAGGGACAAUAUCACG